AAAGAAGAAGAUGCCAAAGAAACACUUAAAGAAAAUAAAGAAGCUGCCUUGAAUAUUGCCUAUAUCCUGAUACCCAGCAUCCCCCUUGCUCUCCUCCUUGUGGUCUUCACAGUUGUAUGUUGGUUUGGAGCUGUAGGAGGCAAGAGACGGGAACAGCCUGACCCCAGCACAAAGGAGCCGCACACCAUCUGGCCCACUGCUCACCAAGGGAACAGCCCCAACCUCGAGGUUUACAAUGUUAUACGAAAACAAAGUGAAGCUGACUUAGCUGAGACCCGACCAGACCUGAAGAACAUUUCAUUCCGAGUGUGUUCAGGAGAAGCCACAUCCGAUGACUUGUCUUAUGACUAUGACAACGUGGCCGUAAACCCAUCUGAAAGCGGAUUCGUGACCCUGGCAAGUGUGGAGAGUGGCUUUGUGACCAAUGACAUUUACGAGUUCUCCCCAGAACGAACGGGGAGGAGCAAGGAGUCUGGAUGGGUGGAAAAUGAAAUAUAUGGUUACUAAGGCGCAUGGGGAAAGCUUGAAGAAUGAGAAAGAAAAGAGAAGUAAAAUUCUCCUAUAUUCUAUUAGGAAAACAUUCAGAUCUAUGGCGAUGUCACAUCGGGUCCAGGGGUACGCAUGUGGUCCCCUCUAGCCCCUGUUGGAUUCCCAAGUUUGGGCUGUAUUUCUUGCACAACCUGACCUAUGAGAAAGCACUUUAUCAAGAGUAAAAAAUAAAUGUCAACUGACUGGUUGUA